AUGGACGAGUCCACUGCGCUCACAGAUUCCCAACGUUCGUCAAUUUCUCCUUCUUCAAGUUCCAGUUCUCUGGUAGAUAUCUCGGCAAACGGCAUAGUCGGUCAGGAACAAACAGAAACGGCAUUUGAGAUAUUCGAUGACGAGAACACACCAAAAGCUUAUUCAAAUAAACCGGGGGUAAGAGGCAAGAGUAAAACCGUGAGAAUGGUAUUGUUGACACAACUCUUUGCAGGGCUUCAGUUCGCAUGGGCGGUUGAACUCGCGUACGGUACGCCUUAUCUUCUUUCUUUAGGUAUGCAUAAAUCCCACACGGCUAUGGUUUGGCUUGCUGGACCUUUAUCAGGUUUAAUAACGCAACCAAUUGUCGGGGCCUUAUCCGACAAAUCGACAUCAAGAUUCGGCAGGCGAAGGCCGUUUAUACUUGGUGGGAGUAUUGCCGUGGUGUUUGCUUUUAUAUUUAUUGGUUGGACAAAAGAUAUGGUAGAAGGACUAUUCGGAGAGGGUACACCAAUAACAAUAUGGGUUGCUAUUCUUUCCCUUUACAGCCUUGAUUUUGCGAUUAAUGCCGUACAGGCAAGUUGUAGAGCAUUGCUUAUUGAUAGUCUACCUUCGUCACAACAAGAGGAAGGGACAGCUUGGGCAGGGAUAAUGGUUGGAGCUGGGAAUGUAUUUGGCUAUUUUAUGGGAUUUGUUGACUUGGCUGCUAUAUUUGGGAACAGCCAAUUGAAAGUACUUUGUGUUUUUGCUUCUAUCAUAUUGCUAUCUUCGAAUGCUAUAAUUUUUUGGGCAGUAACGGAACGGGUUUAUAGCAGUCAUGGAAGUUCUCCAAAGACGGUCUUUCGAUCAGCAAUUGACACCAUAACGACCAUUUUCCGUUCAAUACGCAAUCUCCCUGAACCUGUUCAACAACUAUGCAACGUCCAAUUUUUUGCAUGGAUCGGCUGGUUUCCAUUUUUAUUCUACUCGUCAACUUGGGUAGCAGCAAUCUACAGACGUGCAUCAGGCGACUCGACAGAGCAUACGAUCGGCGCUGCAGAACGUGCCGGCUCAUUUGCCCUUUUGCUGCAUGCUCUUGUGAGUUUAGUUGCGUCAAUAGGACUGCCUUUCUUAGUCACUCCAUCGGGGUCAUCGGUAUCAAGCGAAAAUUUCUCGUGGCAGCAUUGUAGACUGCCAUUGCCAUUCCUUACUUUACCAAAAUUAUGGACGGUGACACACUUCAUAUUUGCAAUUUGCAUGUUGUCUACUUGGUUUGUAAUAAACGUAGCGGGUGCCAGCACAUUAUUAGCGAUUGUGGGUAUAUCAUGGGCUACCUCAAUGUGGGCACCAUUUUGCAUUCUGGGGGAAUAUAUAUCCGAAGAACAGCGAGCAAACGGGAUUAUGCCAGAGAACGGGGAGGCCCGUAGGUCCGACGAAUCAACUUAUAGACUAGUACAGACUCAGACAAAGUCAACAGAUGCCGAUGAGGAUCUAGUGGCUGACGAUGAAGGGGAUGUCCCGUUAACGUUCUCUGCCAACGCAUCACGCGUUAGUUUUCAAUCUCAACGUUCUAUGGAUAAAUCUUCCCAAUCGCCAGGGGAUGCGGCUGGCACCUUGUUGGGAAUUUCUAAUAUGUAUGUUGUAUUACCACAAUUCCUGGUUAACAUCUUUAGUAGCAUAGUGUUUGCAGUAUUUGAAGGCACAACUUCUCAUGAGAAUGCAGAUCCCGAUUCCAUUGGGUUUGUACUAAGAUUUGGGGGCAUUAUGGCGAUAAUUGCUGGAUUUUUGUCAAUAAAACUAUGGAAAAGGCGGUAA